AUGCCCGCCCCGCUCAUCCCCAUCGCGGCGGCCACGGCCGCCGCCACCUCCGCCGUCGGCGUAGCGCUGGGGGUGCGCCUGCUCCUCCUCCUCUCCCGCUCGCGCGCGCUCAAGCCGCUCGCCGCCACCACCUCCGCCGCCGCCGCCGCGCUCCGGGCGCCGCGGGUCCUCGCCGCCGCCUCCUCCCCGCUCGCCGCCCUCCUCGCCGCCUCCAAGGCCGCCUCCAAGUCCUACAAGGCGGCGCGCGCGCUCGACCCGGCCGCGCGCCUCCCCUCGCUGCCCUCCUCCAAGCGCGUCAAGGCCGCCUUCGCCGCCGCCUCCCUCCUCCGCCUCGCCCCGACCCUGCUCCUCCUCCCCGCCGCCGCCUCCUCGCCCUCCCCCACCGCCCUCUUCGCGCUCGCGCUGCUCAAGUCGGGCUACAAGCUCUCCAAGAACUCCGCCAAGGUCGUCGAGGGCUUCCUCGGCCUCCAGGUCCACAAGGGCUUCCGCAACGGCGUCGACGCGCUCGGGGUCGUCGUCAAGGUCGCCGUCAUCGCCUCCGAGGUCGCCGUCUGGGUCGGCGGCCGCUUCUGGGGCGCCGACGACGAUGGCCGCGGCCGCUCCGUGCGCUUCCUUGGCCUCACCAGGACGACUACCUUGGUCCUGGCCGGGUCCGCAAAAUCUGAAGCCCAGGUUGUGCUCUUCGAUCCCGGAACUGUCGUCGAGAUGGAGGACGAGGGGUGCUGGCUGGAGGAGGACCCAGACCCAUCCCUGUUGCUCUGCCUCGCGGUGCCUCUGCCUGCCUGA